AUGGCGGAAAUGGCGACGACCCUGUUGCCCAUGGCAUGGGAUGCCUCGAAAAAAGCCUACAAUCUAGCGAAAUCCAACAAUAUUGAUGGAUGGAGCUUUCCCGGCAACCCUAAACGCGCCCGCAAGAUCCUGGUGGCAGGGCUCGCUGGGAGCGGAAAGACAAGCGUGAUAAACUCUCUCACAGGGCUGAACCUGGAGACCGGAGACAGCUCCCAAGGGGUCACCUUCCAGUGCUCUGCUGUACCUGAACGCAUCUACCGCAAGGAUGUUAGUGGCGAGCCAGUCAAACUGGUCUUCAUGGACACCGUGGGUUUCGACUCCGGGCCGGGAGGAGCCUUGGGUGAUGGAGCACUUCACAGGGACAUGGCGUUCACUAGCAUGAUGAAGCUCCUGCGCGCGACGUCUGAGCUGGACGUCAUCAUCUACGUCAUGGAGAAGGGCCGCCUCACCACGGGGGACAUGACUUGCUACGAACUGCUCGUAAAGAAGGUCGCGCACGGUCUCCGUCGCUCGGAUGGAGUCAUCGACCAAAAGAUCCCAGUUAUCCUGGUGGUCACGAAGUGCGAGACCCGUCCUUCUACCAACCUGCAGAGUUGGCUAGGGCAAAGGGCUGCGAGUGUCCCCGUACCGGGGGUGGACAUGGUGGUAAACGGCACCAACCAUCAGGUCCUAAACAAUGCGGGCAUGGACACCUCAAGAAUACUCUGCGCAGCGUUCUUCGGGGAUGACCAUUUCGCCGCGGGGUCGCCGGACGGUAUCGCCUGCCGCAACGAUUCAGUGCGCAGCCUACUGAAGUUAAUCGUGGGGUGUUCGGACGACGGGCCCUUCCUUGCGGCUCAUCCCGGAAAUUUCUUCCGGGAGACUAACGUGUUUAGGUACAUGUUGAGCCCGUCGUAUCGCAAGAACAACAAGGACAAAUUCUUAAAGUACCUCAAAGGAGUUUUCCCGAGGGACGACGCUGAGAAGAUUUUCGCCCAAGUGAUUGAUUACAAGAAGUAG